AAAAAAAAAAAAAAGUAUAAAAUAAAAAAUCCUUUAUAGCUUUGUUUUUUUUUUGUCUUCUUUUCAAAUUGAUUAAUUCAUAAAUUGAUUCAAUUCAUUUAAUCUAAUUUACAACCAUUUUUUUCCCCAUUCCUAGUAUAUAUUCACAUCAUGUCCAAUUUAUUGCCUCUUGCUACUUUCAACCUAGCUAUAAAGCCAUUCACACCAGUUCUUGCUCUCCAAGAAAAUGAACCAGUCACUGUUCACUUAACUUUAGCUGCAAUUGAUCCUGAAGCUGUUGAUGACAAAAACGAUCCUUCUACUUUACGUCUAUUAAAAAGAUCUACAUACGGAGACGAAAGUGAUGAUGAACAUGAUCAUGAUCAUCACCACCACCACCACCAUGAUGAUGAUGAUUCCGAAGAUGAAUUAGAUAAUAUCUCAAAAGACGGCUCCAAAUCUGAAUCUGAAUCUGAAUCUGAAUCUAAUUCUAAUUCUGAAUCUAGUUCUGGUUCUGGUUCAGACUCUGAAUCAGAUCUUGAUGACGACGAAUAUGAAGAAUUUGUGGUUUGCACUUUAUCCCCAAAACAUCAAUACCAACAAACUCUUGAUUUCACAAUCAACCCAGAUGAAGACAUCACCUUUGUCGUCACCGGCUCUUAUUCAAUUCAUUUAACGGGUAAUUAUAUUGAACAUCCAGCUAAUGAAGAAGAGUCCGAUUCUGAUGAUUCUGAUGAUUCAGAUUAUGGAACAAGUGAUGAAGAUGAAUACGAUUUAACUCCAGAUGAAGACGAACUUUAUGCUAAUGAUUUCCUUGAAAAAUUAGAAAACUCUUCUGAUGUUGAAGGCAAAAUUGAAGAAUUGGUUGACGAGGAAGCAGAACAAGAAGCUCAAAAAUCAAUUGAACCAAAAGAAAAGAAUAAUAAAAAAUCUAAAAAAGAAAAGAAAAAAGAGAAAAAAUUAGCCAGAGCUGAUCAAAAAGCUGAUCAAAAAGCCGAAAAGGAAACCGAAAAGGAAACCGAAAAGAAAGCCGAAAAGAAACUAGACUCUCUAGUUGAAUCUCCUAAAGAAUCUCCUAAAGAAUCUCCAAAGAAAUCUAAAAAAGAAAAAAAACAACAAAAACGUGCUGCUGAAGAAGAAGCUAAAGAAGAAGCCCAACCAGCUAAAAAGGCUCAAAAAACCAAAGAAGAAGAAAAAAGCGUAAAAUUUAAUAAAGAAUUAGAAAAGGGUCCAUCUGAAAAAAAAGAGAAAAACAUCCCCACCAAAAAAUUGACAGGAGGUGUUGUCAUUGAAGAUCGUACCGUAGGAAAAGGCAAAACUGCUAGACUUGGAAACAGAGUCAGUGUUCGUUACAUUGGAAAAUUAGAUGAUGGUAAAGUCUUUGAUAAAAAUACUUCUGGUAAACCAUUUUCUUUUCGUUUAGCUAAAGGCGAAGUUAUCAAAGGAUGGGAUAUCGGUAUUGCUGGCAUGGCUGUUGGUGGUGAAAGAAGAGUUAUCUGUCCUCCAGCAAUGGCAUAUGGAAACCAAAAGAUUCCAGGCAUCCCAGCCAAUUCCAGAUUGACAUUUGAUGUCAAACUUAUCUCCAUUAAAUAAAUGCUGCAGAAUAUUUUUCGUAAUUUUAAUUGAUUAUUUACUUAUCCAUCCUUUUCUUCGAUGUUUGUAGUGGUGAUUAUCUUCAAUGCUAAUAAAAAUGAAUAAAAACAAAUAAAAAAAACUAUUUCUAUUCUAUAUAUAACGUAGUUAUACCUCUGAUCUGCUUGAUUUCGACAUUCUUUUGUGAAAUUCUUUCACUUUUUUGAGAUUCUUUCACUUUGGUUUUUUUAAAACCAACACAGUGGAAACAGCGAUUUUGAAAAAUGAACAUU